AAAAAGCUCAACACCAAUUUCGGAGUGUGAAGAAUAAACCUUUCCCGCCAAUUUAAUCGAUGUCUUGUUCAGCUGCGGAGCAAUACUCUCUCUUUCGUUCGCGGCUCAGAAGCCGAAGAUUCGAUGAUUCUACUUUGCGAAUUCUGGAAUUCUUUCCCGCUUCCAAAGACGCGAUGUCGUUGAUGGAUGUCAAAUCGGACUUAAAAGAAUUCCUCAGAUUUGAAUCUCUAUCUAUCAUUCGUGAAACCGCUGAGAAAACUGAUGAUCAAAAGCUUCUAGUCAUCGAAUUUCUUGUUCGAGCAUUUGCUCUUGUUGGAGACAUUGAGAGUUGCUUAGCUUUGAGAUAUGAGGCCUUGAAUUUCCGGCUACUGAAGUCUUUUAAUCAACCAUGGCUUCAAGUUUCACAUGCAGAAUGGUUAAACUUUGCUGAGCAUUCAUUGCGUGCCGGCUUUUUUUCAAUUGCCAUAAAGGCAUAUGAGCAAGCACUGUCAAGCCUUCAACAAAAUGAUACUGAAAACUAUACAUCACAUGGUUCCCUUAAACGCAUAGAAGUUAUUGAGAAGAUAAAGAGACUCAAAGAUCAUGCUUUGAGAUCAGCUGGUUCCCAUUCUGUUCAGGCUCUCACAUCGGAGUAUUUGAACAAGAAAGUUACCGAAAGAAACAUAAAGAUUUCUUCAUCAUGCACAAGAAAGUCUACAGCAAGCACUCUAUUUAGGAAUGGUUUCCGAAACCACAAUGCAAAAAAGCUACAUGAAUAUCAAGUUUUAGAGGGGUUAACCAGUGAAUCGCACAAAAUUCAGUUUCGUGAUCGGACCUACAUGUAGUCUCCCUGCAUAGUGCAUACCCAUCUGACUAGAUAAAUGUUCAGGUUAUUACUGGGCAUUUUAUCAAGAAGACCAACUUAACUGCUGAAAACUGUACUUUCCAUUACUGGGAGUCGAUCGGGGAGGUCCGGUGGGCGAAAGAAAACUACUUGUCUAAGUUGCCUCUCCUCUUCUGACAGGUCUCUUCAUUUUUUCACUUUUCUAAUGGUUCAAUUUUUCAUGGGGUAAAAUCCACUUGAAAUUCACAUGGAAGCCUGGAAAUUCCUUUUCAUUCCCCCUGUAGGACAAGACAAUGACCUGUCUAUUUCCUGACCUUUUGAUGCCAUAAAUUGUUUAGGUUUAGGGACAUUUCAAUUACGGUUUUCUUCUUCCU